GAUCAGCGGGUCGGUUGCGGAGUCGACUUAGCUCAGAGAUAAAGUAGUAAUGUGAGGCUGCUGGCGUGUUUGUGCACAACGAAGCCCAGAAUCGAAAUGAAUCGCUACGUACGUGGUUUUGUUAUAUUUUGUUUUAUUGUUCUAGUUAGGGGUAACUGGUUUUUUCCGGACAAAGUGCAUUUUGAGCUAAGCCAAGUCUUGAAUAAAAACUGUGGCACAACUCCGUACAGUGAUCGUUUGAAGCCAGAAGAUGGAAGAAUUUUUGAAAACCCUUGGCUGGUAUUGCUCCGUCAUCCCGAAGAGCAGGAAUCGUUUUGCCAAGGAACUCUAAUUAGCGAAAGUCACGUGUUAACUACAGCCAUCUGUACAGAAGCAAUCGUGCCUAAUGAAACAAUCAUCACUCUUGGUGAAUAUAAACGAACAACCGAUCCUGACUGUUUCGAGGCAAAUCUUUGUAAUGUUCCUCCGAUAAUUGAACUACUGGCCCAAAAGAAAAUCGUCCAUCCCGAUUUCCAAAACGACACGUACGAAAACGAUAUCGCAGUAGUGACCAUGAAUGAAAGGAUCACUUACACCAAUAGUAUACAGCCGAUUUGUUUGCCAUUGACGCCAAUAAUUCCAUCCCUUGUUCAGGUCCCGACCGUAUACAACACUUUAUGGACAGUUGAGCAUAAAGUACCAAAGCAAAUUCAUAUGAAGUACAUCGCUCAGAACGAAUGUCAACAACGGAUGCGAGGUCUUAUUUUGUUGCAGGAGGGACAAAUUUGUGCGCAAUAUGUUAAACCAAUGGAGCUUAGCUUUAUUGGCGGUUCCGGAUCACCGCUACUGAUAGAAUACCACUCUCGCACGUUUCAAUUUGGAAUUCUUUCAAUCGGUCUACCAGAUGCUACCAACACAGAGCCGUAUAUUUACGUAAACAUUUCUACUCACAUAAAAUGGAUUCAUGAUACUUUGGUAGAUGCAUACAACCAAUAAACUGAUUAAUUUAUUUACGAUCGA